GAGGGAACAGAAGGGCUCUGUUGUUUUUCUCGCUUCCUUCUCGUUCUCUCUCUCUCUCUCUCUCUGUCUGUCGCCAGCUGCUGACCACGGCAGAUGGCUCUUAUGAAAACCUUUUGGAAUUCGGCUGUCUGCCCCCUGCCCCAGGGAAUCUGUCUUUAACUGAUGAUUUCUCUCAAUAGAAAAAAAGAAGGAAAAAAGAAGAACAAACAGAAACUUCCCCCUGGAAAACCAGGCUUUAGUCAGGGCCUGGAGAGCACACCCUAGAUCUGGAGACCCUCCCAAAGCCUAAAGGGGUUUGCGUAUUCGAAGGUUAUACAGGAUGGGGCUGAGGGGAGAAAGCUGAGCUGUAUCUGUGGCACCCUCCUCUCUUUCCCACUGCCCGACAGUGGUGGGCGUGAGUACGAAACUGCUUCCACCAAGCCUGGACACCAACCAGCUCUGAAGCCCGUCAGCCCAGGUGUUGACAGCUGCAAGAAGCUAUUGAAGCUGAGCCGAGAGCAUCCUUCUCUGGAUUGGGAGCCCCCUAGCAAACUCCUGAACUGAGUCCCUGAAGAAACUCCCUCUGGUUUAAGUCAUUGGAGAGGGUUCACCUGUGGAACACAACCGACUUGCUUCCUUCUAGCCAUGGAGCACCCUCAGCCUGGCCAGCCAUCCUCUGAUGAAAUCAGGACCCCAGAAGCAGACACCGUUGAAAAUAAUGAAGUCCUGUCAGAGUCAGAGUUGGACCCUAAAGACAAAGAUACUCAAGAUACUAAGGGUGCAGCUGGAGGGCAGGAACCAAUAGACCAAGUCUCACUGCUCGCCCAGGACAAGGGUAACUUGGAGUCACCCCCUCCAGAAGAUGAUCUACAGCAACCAGGACCAGCUCUAGGAACCCAGAACUCAGAAGAAGCAGUGAAGGAGGAGCCCAGCCCUCAGGAGCUGCCCCAGUCUCCUUCAAACCAUCAGCUUGAGCCUGACUUUUAUUGUGUGAAAUGGAUCCCCUGGAAGGGGGAGCGGACACCCAUUAUCACUCAGAGCACCAAUGGGCCUUGUCCACUGCUUGCCAUCAUGAACAUCCUCUUUCUUCAGUGGAAGGUGAAGCUGGCCCCUCAAAAGGAAGUGAUCACUUCAGAUGAGCUAAUGGCACAUCUUGGAGACUGUCUACUAUCCAUCAAGCCACAAGAGAAGUCAGAAGCACUACAGCUAAACUUUCAGCAGAAUGUAGAUGAUGCAAUGACAGUACUACCCAAACUGGCCACGGGUCUGGAUGUCAACGUGCGGUUCACAGGCGUCUCUGAUUUUGAAUAUACACCUGAGUGCAGUGUCUUUGACCUACUUGGAAUUCCCCUCUACCAUGGUUGGCUGGUAGAUCCACAGAGCCCUGAGGCUGUGAGUGCAGUUGGCAAACUGAGCUACAAUCAGUUGGUGGAGAAAAUCAUCACCUGUAAGCAUUCAAAUGAUACCAACCUCGUGACAGAAGGCUUAAUCGCAGAGCAGUUCCUGGAAGUGACAGCAGCACAGUUGACAUACCAUGGACUAUGUGAGCUAACAGCAGCUGCCAAGGAAGGAGAACUCAGUGUCUUUUUUCGAAACAAUCACUUUAGCACUAUGAUCAAGCAUAAGAGUCAUCUCUACCUAUUGGUCACGGAUCAGGGCUUUCUGCAGGAGGAACAGGUGGUUUGGGAGAGCCUGCACAACGUGGAUGGAGACAGCUGCUUCUGUGACUCUGACUUCCACCUAAGCCAAGCUCUGGGCAAGGAGGCGGGAGCGGGGAGUGGGGCUCACUCUCAGGAGACCCAACGACAAGUGGAUCAGGACUAUAUGAUUGCCUUGUCCCUCCAGCAACAACAGCAACGAGGGGCCUUGGGUCUCAGUGAUCUGGAACUGGCCAGGCAGCUGCAGCAGGAAGAGUACCAGCAACAGCAGGCACUGCCCAUGCCACCCCGUGCCCCAUCCCCACAGGAGAGAGGAGCCUCAUCUGGACGUCCAACCGGAGAACGUAGGCAGCGAUCAAAGCAGGAGUCAGACUGUGUCCUCCUAUAGCUGCAUCCCAAGCCAAGUUGUUGUGCCUAGUCUGAUGUGCCCCACUUCUUUGAGAGGCUUCUCAUUAUGGUUCCUCCAUUUGCGCCUGUUCACCCUAGCCCUUCUGGGUUUUCUUAGUAGUGGGGUACUAGGGAGCAGGGGGCAACUGCCAUGGCAAGAGCUGAUCAAGUCCACGGGGCUAUUCUCAGUGUUGUCCGAGAGUUGUGCCUCCUACAUCUCACACCCACCUGCUGCUGUCCCCGAUCCUUCUCCCCAUUAUGCAGGGAAGCAUCGAGAUAAGGGGCAGGGUUCAUGCUGCCCCAUCAUCUGCUCCAUAAUACAGAGACACUAAUGCACAGACUCAGGCUCCUGGGUGAAAUUUCUUAGUCUAGAGUGUCCCUUUCUCCCCAGCUCCAGUUGGCUGGACUUCUCUUGGCUGUCCCCAGGGCAUGCUUCUCAUUUUGGUUUCAGGGUUUUGUUUGGGUUUCUACCUGGCAUUUUUAAUGUCUUCUUAGAAGUUUGAAAAUAAAACUUCUUUCCUGAGUU